AUGUCGAUCACAAGCUCACAUAUCGAAAUCAGCCGAAAGGGCAUCUUACACGCCGUCGAGGUAUACGUUGGGGGCGAGAAGUGCCUGCUGGAGUUGUAUGACGGUUACAGAUACGUCCCAGCGCAUGAUGUUGACGCGUCGUGUACUAAGGAUGCCACCAUUGUCAAGAUUACAUGCCUUGAUUUCACCCAAAAGAGAAAGCUGAAGAAGUUUGCAGCAAAGGAGAUGUGGCUGUCGAGAGAGGCUUGUUGUCGAACCGUCGUGAGAUACCUCGACUAUAUCCCGCCCCUCAACGCCAUCGUCACCGAGCAACACCCCAGAGACGGCGCCAUCCGCCCGGCACGAGACCGCUUCGAGGACUCGGCGAUCCUCGAUAUCGCCUGGGACCUCCUCCUCGCGCUCGCCUACCUCCAUUCACGCGGCAUCGUCCACGGUGAUGUUCGACCCCGGAACGUCAUCUCCUUCCCCUCGUACCCCCGUCGCGAUCGCUACAAGCUCUUUGGCCACGGUCUCGUCCCGGACGUCAUUAGCUACUGGCCCAAGGAUGACGGCUACACGGCCCCCGAGUUUCUUGUCAGGAACGCCGAGACGCGCAAGAAGGGCAAAAAGAUCAAAGGGAUGGUGAAGCCGACCUUUGAGUCAGACAUCUGGCAGCUUGGCAUGCUUCUCUGGCAUUGUCACCGCUACGGCACCCACUGGGACUCUGAGAUUGUCUCGUCGCGAAAGAACAGCUGGCAGUCCGAGAACCUCGUCCAGCCCGACCUCACACUUGGAUCGGUCAAUCCGAUGAAGGGGAUCAGGCCAUUGGCAUUCCGAGCCAAAGGCUGCGAGGGCUCAGGCCAUGGUUGGUUGCAGCAAUUGCUGCCUAACAUGCUCGAUGAGAAUCCCCUUGGGCGAUCGACCGCCAAGGAGUUGCUCCAGCAGAUGCAGAGCCAGAGGUGUUACGCUGUAGAGAAGAAAGAGUUGGAAGAGGACGUGGAAGACAUGAAGGAUGUCGUAAGGGCUGCGAAAAAGGAGCUCUGGGAGAGAAGUCUCCUUGGGAAGGUCGCCAUGGCGGCAAAACGGGUGCAGGUGGGUUUCACUCGGUUCGUUCUCCUGGUUGCUCUUUUGUGCCACAUAUUGUAG